AUGUGGCUCCUGGGCACCGCGCGCGCGAACCUCGUCUUCUUUCCCCAACCCGAAGACGUUCCUGGAGGCUAUGCUAUCCUGUCGCACACCUGGGGAGAAGAAGAAGAGACGUUUCAAAAGGUUCAAAAGCUGAACGAAGAAUCCAACAGCCCCUUCUCCCCGGAAGAACAGCUUCACUUGUCCCGAGCUGAGCUCCGAUCUAUCAUCUCCCAGGCACUCGCCGAACAGCAUAGGCAUGAGUACGCUUGGGUCGACACGUGCUGUAUCAACAAGGAGAGCAGUUCCGAGCUCUCGGAAGGCAUCAAUUCCAUGUUCCGGUACUACGCCCUCUCCGAUAUCUGCUACGUCUAUCUCAGCGACGUCGAAUACUCAGACACUGAUUCAGACAAGAUGUUGGUCGCCUUCCAAACCAGUCUCUGGCACUGGCGGGGCUGGACUCUCCAAGAGCUGAUCGCGUCCCGCAUGCUCGUGUUCUAUUCCAAGGAGUGGAUAUGUCUGGGCACCAAGUACGAGCUCGCCGAUCGCCUAGAAAAAGCAACCAAGAUCUCCACGGCGGUCCUCCGCUUCGAGAGCCCGUUUACCGAUGCGAGCAUCGCGACGCGCAUCUCCUGGGCGGCGCGUCGGGGCACCACGAGGCCGGAAGACGCCGCCUACAGCCUGUUCGGGCUUUUCGGGGUCAACAUGCCGACACUCUACGGCGAAGGGCGGCUCGCAUUCUGCCGGCUCCUCAUGGAAAUCUCGAAGACCUCGCGGGAUCCUUCGAUUUUUCUCUUGGGAGAACGACUGUAUGUGGACGACUUGGAUCGCCUCAAAUUGUACCUCCAGCGAAAUCCCCAUAGUCAAACCCGUCGUCAUCUUCUCCCCCUCCAGCCUUCGCUCAACCCUCGUUCUGUGUUCUACGACCCAAGUGCACGAUCUCAGACAGGACAAAACGAGGUACGCUGGUAUGGAUAUCAUUCUACGCUGUUCUACAUUGACGACCAUUUUAGCACGACUUGGCUGCAAGCGUGA